CAACUCCCUUCCUCCUCAUCUUGCCGCAUCAUGGGCGAAACCACCCCCGUCAAAGACCACCUCCUGGUCGCGAUCGCCCGCCCGCUGCCGCCGCCGGUGGUGAGGAACAUCCACGCCCAAUUCCCCGACGCCGAGCUCUCGGUGAUCCAGUUGCCCAACUUUGCCCCGAUUCCUAGUGAAAUCGCCCGCAAAGCCACCCUCAUCCUGACCUUCACCAACCUCCCCAACCCCGAAGACGCCACCCAAAUCAAACUCAUCCACGUCGUCUCCGCCGGCCUGGACCACCUCAUCUCGCACCCGAUCGUCACCUCGACCGACAUCCCCCUGACCACCAGCUCGGGCAUCCACGGGCCCCCGAUCGCCGAAUGGACCAUCAUGAACUGGCUGGUCGCGUCGCGGCGCUUCCUGCACACCCACGCCAACCAGCAGCGCCACCUCUGGGACAAGGACGAGACGUUCACCCCGAGUGUGUAUGAUCAGGUGGGAAAGACGGUGGGUAUUUUGGGAUACGGGAGUAUCGGACGGCAGAUCGCCCGCGUCUCCUCCGCCCUCGGAAUGACCGUCCACGCAUACACCGCACACCCGCGCCCCACGCCCGAAUCCCGGCACGACACAGGCUACAUCGUCCCCGGCACGGGGGACCCCACGGGCAGCAUCCCCGCCACCUGGUCACACGGCACCGACAAAGCCUCCCUGCACGCCUUCCUCUCCCAAGGCCUCAACCACCUGGUGAUCGCCCUCCCCCUGACCCGAGACACCACGCACCUGAUCGGCGCCGAAGAACUGGCGCUACUCGCCGCCCACGCCCCGGGCCUCAACAAGCCCUACCUGACGAACAUCUCGCGCGGCAAGGUCAUCGACCAGGCCGCGCUGAUCGACGCCCUGAACAAGGGCGUGCUGGGCGGCGCGGCGCUCGACGUCACCGACCCCGAGCCCCUGCCGGAGGAUAGUCCGCUGUGGGACGCGAAGAAUGUCGCUAUCAGUCCGCAUGUCAGUUCCGCCGGUAGGGAGUAUUUGGGGCGGUCGUUGGAUAUUUUGCAGUUGAAUUUGGGGAAGUGGGAGAGGGGGGAGCCGUUGGUUAAUGGUAUUCGGAGGGGGAGGGGGUAUUGA